CACCACCACUGCCACUGCUCCAAAAAUCACAGAGCCCACCGCCAAAGAGCAGCCCCCAGCCCCUGCCACAGAGCCCCAGCCCUCCACUACUGACGGCCCCUCCCCCACAGAGCAGAACACGGCCCCCCAGAUGUUCCCGACCCUCGAGGACCCGGCAGAACCAGACUCCUCCGACACCACGGAAGAAUACGACGACGACGAGGGGAAUGUCUAUGGGAGCCACCUCCCUAGUGAAAGCAGGUACCGGCUGCCAGACCAUGACACAGAUAGAACCAACGACCAGGGCAAGGAGCUGGAGGGGAACCAUGACCAGGCACCGGGGCCGGGCUACACGGCCACGGAGGACCAGGACUCCCACUUCUUCUUCCACCUGGUGAUCCUGGCCUUCCUGGUUGCCAUCGUCUACAUAACCUACCACAACAAGAGAAAGAUCCUACUUUUGGCCCAGAGUCGCCGCUGGAGGGACAGCUUGUGCUCCCGCAACACGGUGGAGUACCACCGGCUGGACCAGAACGUCAACGAGGCCAUGCCCUCCCUCAAGAUGACGCAGGACUACAUCUUUUGAUCCAGUGCUUUAAGUCGACGAGCCACAGCUACAGACUGAACAAAGCCGGUUAGCUUUCACUAGGUGGCUCACACUGCUCACAUUGCUUUAGGCUUUUGUGUGUGUGUGUGUGUGUGUGUGUGUGUGUGUGUGUGUGUGUGUGUGUGUGUGUGUGUGUGUGUGUGUGUGUGUGUGUGUGUGUGUGUGUGUGUGUGCGCGUGCACUUUCUCUCUAUGCUUUGGAGAGGGUCUCUAGGAGCUAGGGAGCCCUACAGGAUGGGGGUGGAGACGUGUUGUAAGAUGUAAACAACAAUGGAUUACAAUCAUCUGCACAGAGCAGGAUCUUUUUCCUUUUCUUUUGUAAGUCCUUAAUGCCUUGGUUUCUCGGUUGGUUUUUGAGGGGUCAUUUUUUUUCCAAAUGAUUGACUUAUAGUUUAAUAAGUCAUUCGAUAUAUUAAACGUUUUUCAUCUCUGUUAAUGAGGACGAGCCUUAAACUUUUCCAUGUUGUUUUCAAUGUUGCUUUUAUCCAAUUGUGCUUGAUACUCUCUUCAGGAGUAAUAAUAAUUAAGAUGGAUGUUAUCACGCUAAACUGUAAAGAAAUGGUAAUGAUCAGACUCAAAACAGAUAGAGGUCCAUCUAAACUUUUUAAACAAGAUCAAAGUUCACGUCGAAGAAACUACGGUAACAAUAAAGAAACCCACAAACAUAAAAAAUGCAUUAACCAAAGCAUUAGCUGCUUUAACUUUGAGAAAAUUUGGCUUAUAGGUUUUCUUUUCAUUAAAGUAGGAAUGAGGUGCCUCUGCCUUGGUGUGAAUAUCGGAUCUUAGUAGAAGUGUGUAGGUGCCAUCGUUCAUGCACUUCUCACUGCUCAAUAGGAUGCAGGCAGAACCAUAUGUAAAAUAGUCAGCAGCGACUGAGAUAAAAAUAAUGAGCUAGACCAUAACAUGAUUUAUCGAAGGAUAUAGGUACAUUCUGUGAAGGAUUCACAUUCACUAAGCUAUGGCUCUAGAUACCAUCAGUUAUAUUUUUAUUACCAUAUAUAACAAUGAAAAAUGUUCCAUUUCCAUUUUCCUUUCCGUGAAAUCAUGCACACGUUCUCUGCUGUCAGUGUUUGAGCGUUCACGCAUUCUCUGCCGUCGGGCGGUUCAAAGCCUCACGCUUUUAUUUAACUCCUCUAUUACUGUACGUUGUCACCAGUGAGCUGUGGUUCGUCAUGCACAAAUCACCAGGGUUGGGCCCUCUGUCUUUGAUGUGAGACUUAUGCAGAAACUAAAUAAGUCAUUGUGGAUCUUUCAAAUACAUAGCUCGGAUUCCCACACAUUGGAAGACCCUUUUCUCUUACCCCCUGCAAAUAUAACGCUUUCUCACACAAAGAGAAGAGACAUGGAUCGAGAUGAUUAGCACACGCCUUUCCCCCCAAUCAUUUACUGCCUUCUGCUUCGUUGCCGUAUCUCCUUUGUAAAUAUUAUAUGUAUAUAUAUAUAUUUAUAUAUAUAUAUAUAUAUAUAUAUAUGCAUUCAAUGCCUGCCACUUUAUGUAAAACGUGUCGUAGAGUGAGAAGUUCUGCCCCGAAGGAGUGCUACUUUCUGGGGGGACCGCAGCCCUCUGUGAAGUCCUACAGUAAUACUUCGCAGAGUACGAGGGGGUAGGUGUGUGACACGCUGCUUUUUGAAAUCAACAGUAGAAAUUGAACAACUUCUUUUUGUGAAUAAAGCAAAAAAUUGGUCAGAAAUAAAAAACUGUCAGAUUGUGGUUGUUAUUUUUUGUUAAUUUAAUGUGUAAUACAGGAAUCAGUUGAAAAGCAUGAUGUGUGAAACAUUUAGUUAUGUAAGCAUUGAGAACACAAACGAUGAACACAGGUAACAUUAUGUCCAAAUGACCAUAGAUAAAGAAGGGAUGUCCAUUACAACAUCAACUCCAGAAAAUAGAAUCAAAAGAAGAACGA